UUCUAGUUUUCAUUUCCGGGGUUAAGGCAGCCGCCAUAUCCGAAUGCGUUUCAAACACAGAGACAUGUUUAUGUUUAGCCAGUCGAGAAAAACAGCCUGGAUCAUAAUAUAGCGCUUUUAUUACACCCAAUAGACCUCCAAAAGACAGAUUUAAAGAUGUCAUUGGUGGAUUUGGGAAAGCGUCUUUUAGAAGCAGCACGCAAUGGUCACGACGAUGAAGUCAGGACGCUGAUGGCCAAUGGGGCCCCAUUCACUACUGACUGGCUUGGAACGUCUCCAUUGCAUUUAGCAGCCCAGCAUGGUCAUUACUCCACUGCAGAAGUGUUGCUCAGGGCGGGUGUCAGCAGAGAUGCCCGAACCAAGGUGGACAGGACCCCACUGCACAUGGCGGCCACAGAAGGACAUGAAGUUAUCGUUGAGUUAUUAAUCAAGAGUGGAGCAGAUAUCAAUGCCAAAGACAUGUUAAAGAUGACCGCCCUCCACUGGGCCGCCCAGCAUGGUCAUCACAGCGUCGCUGAACUGUUGAUCAAACACGGCGCUGAUGUGCACGCCCUCAGCAAAUUCGACAAGUCAGCUUUUGACAUUGCAGUCGACAUACAAAAUGGCGAACUUAUGCAUCUAAUACAGGAGGGAAUGCGGAAUCAGGUGAACAGAAAUGCUGAAAUGUCAAUCACCAAUGGCGGCAGCGCACAACAGUUCAUCAUCCAGGGUGUCCCCAACAUCCAAGGAGGAGUGGUCAACCUCGCUGACUUCAUCAAAACCAGCUCAGGUGAUUCAGAGGAUGCUAUAGCUGUGAGCGCGUUGGACUCGGGUAUACAACAAAUGGUGAAUGAAUCUGGUCAGAGGGUUAUAACCAUAUUAACAGAUCAACAUGGAAACGUACAAACAAAUGGACUCGGUCAGCCUUUCUUUGUCACAAUGCAAGAUGGACGACAAGUAUUGGCAGUUUCAACCAAUCAGAUUACAGAGGAAGUGGUGGAGGAGUCUGAACCCCCUGCCCGUAAACGUAAAAUCGAAGUCACGUCCAAUAAUACAGAGUCUGGCGAAACGGAGCAUCUGCAAUGGCAGUUACAAGAAGCCAACAGGAAAGCUCAAUCCUAUCGACAACAGCUACUUCGCAAAGAGCAGGAAGCCGAAGAGUACCGCAAGAAACUGGAGGCCAUGUCGAACGGACAGUCCAACGGCACUUCCGAUCUGGGUCAGGAACAGGUCGUGUUUGUACAGGAAGAGGGUGUGAUAGAGGAAGCGACCGAGGGAGAGGAGGAAGUCGUCAUGUUUUCGGAAGGUGGCGUCGUUAUUAAAACAGAAGAGAUGGAUUCCUCUGACGAGCAGAUAACUCUGGUGGAGGCCACGGCGGGUCACACCGAAGUCAUUUCGUAGAGGACAUCUCAGCGAGCGUGGACUCGAUGAUCGGGCAACCAAAGAGUGCAUUGGCACAGUAUUGGUUGGGUUAAUUUUUGGUUUUUGCAAUCAAGUCCUUUUGUAAUUUAUUUCCUUCUAUUUUGCCUAAUGUUUUGUGCAUCGAUUAAAAAUUCAUAAACACAACUGCAAUGUGCAUCAUAUGCACACACAAACACACACAGAGGAGGAAGAAGAAAAUGCCGUGUUUUGUUGUAGACAGCUGGAAAACACUCAGGUUGGAACUUGUACCUGCCUUAUUCAAAGUUUUAUCACUUUAGUCAUGAAACAUUGCCAUGGCUCAUUUUGAUUAUCUUGCAAGGUAUAUGCAUUGGAAAUCAAAAAAUUGUUUAUGUAAAUUCUAGGCACGUCAGCAUCUUAUUAAAAGUCAUAACUCACAGUCGAUAGAUUUAUAUUUCUGUUGGACUAUUUACAAAAGUGAUCGGUAAUGUAAAAGUGCCUUUGCUCAGAGUAUUUGUGGACUUUAAGGAUUAGGGUGUCAUGAACUAAUGCAUAUUUGUUUCAACGAGACAAAUGCAACUUUUAUUCACUCAACAUUUCAUUCAUAUUCCUAGUGUAACCUAGUCUUUUGCUUAAUAUGUAUGUUAUUUUUAAGUUGCAAACUAAAGAAUUAAGUUUGAAGAACAGCGCUUAUGCACAUCGCAAGUUUAGUGCUUUCACAAAUGUAUAUGAAAUGUGAUGGGAGUAUCAGGGGUUAAGCCUAUAUGAUGUGUAAAUGAAAGUUCUGGUGGUGUCUGAGGUUCAUAAAUGUAUAUUCAUUUUUAAUUGUUUUCCAAUUAUUAUUUCUUAUUCCAUCCAUAAAAUUGUAAUAAUGAGCCACAGACAUAUUGGCACUACAGUUUGCAGAAAAAAAAACACCUUACUUGUAUUACGUGCUUAAGUGAUGUAUAAAGCUUUGACUUUUUUAAUAAAAAUGUUACAGUUACAAAUUCUA